UAUUUGGUGUACAGACAGCCGGAAGCUGUGCUGUGAAAUUGGGCGAACGGGACAGAGCUUUGGUUUGAUGGAGAGGUGAAGUGUGUGCAGUCAGAGGGGCCACCAGGCCACAGCAGCCAUGACUGAGUGCUUCCUGCCCCCGAGCAGUAGCCCCGCUGAGCAGCGGCGAGCUGAGCACCCGGGGGGCGUGGCUCGCACACCCAGCUCUGAGGAGAUCAGUCCCACCAAGUUCCCCGGAUUGUACCGCACCGGCGAACCCUCACCACCGCAUGAUGGCCAUCAUCAUGAGGUGCCGGAUGCCUACGUGUCAGACGAUGACAAGGAGCACAGCAAGAAGAAGAACAAGUUCAAGAAGAAGGAGAAAAGAACUGAAGGCUACGCUGCGUUCCAGGAGGACAGUUCAGCAGACGAAGCAGAGAGCCCAUCGAAGAUGAAGCGCUCCAAAGGGAUCCACGUGUUCAAGAAGCCAAGCUUCUCCAAGAAAAAGGAGAAGGACUUCAAGGUGAAGGAGAAGGGCCCCAAGGAGGACAAGGCCAAAGACAAGAAAUCCAAGGACCUGACAGCUGCAGACGUGGUGAAGCAGUGGAAAGAGAAGAAGAAGAAGAAGAAGCCGACGACAGAGGCAGAGCCAGUCCCAGUGGAGGCCCCCACCUUCAGGCCAGUCUUUGGAGCUCCUUUGGUUGAAGCUGUCAAGAGGACAGCACUGUAUGAUGCCAUUCAGCUGCCGGCCGUCUUCAGAGAAUGCGUGGACUACAUUGAAAAUUAUGGCAUGAAGUGUGAGGGCAUCUACAGGGUCUCGGGUAUGAAGUCCAAGGUGGAUGAGCUGAAAGCGGCGUAUGACCGCGAGGAAUGCCCCUGUCUGGAGGAGUACGACCCCCAUACGGUUGCCAGUCUACUCAAGCAGUAUCUCCGGGAACUGCCUGAGAACCUGUUGGGCCGAGAUCUGGCCCAGCGCUUCGAGGAUGCGUGCGGUCGCCAGGCGGAGGCCGAGAAGGUGACCGAGUUCCAGAGGCUGUUGUCCGAGGUGUCGCCGGAAAGCCGACUCCUUCUUUCCUGGCUCAUCACACACAUGAACCACGUCAUCUCCAGGGAGGCCGAGACCAAGAUGAACAUCCAGAACAUCUCCAUCGUCCUCAACCCAACCAUACAGAUUGGGAACCGCGUUCUUUACAUGUUCUUCACACAUGUGACAGAGCUUUUCGGGGAGGUAGCACUGAAGCCAGUGGUGCGACCCCUUCGGUGGUCCAACAUGGCAACAAUGCCGGCGCUGCCCGAGACCCAGGAGAGCAUCAAAGAGGAGAUCAGGCGACAGGAGUUCCUGUUGAACUGCUUGCACAGGGAUCUGCAGGCUGGAGUGAAGGACUUGUCCAAAGAGGAGCGACUCUGGGAAGUGCAGCGAAUCCUGACGGCUCUUAAACGCAAACUGAGGGAGGCUAAACGCCAGGAGUGUGAGAGUAAAAUAGCCCAGGAGAUAGCAAGCCUCUCCAAGGAAGAUGUUUCAAAGGAGGAAAUGACUGAGAACGAGGAGGAAGUUAUCAACCUCCUCUUAGCGCAGGAAAACGAGAUCCUGACGGAGCAGGAGGAGCUGAUCUCGCUUGAGCAGGUGCUUCGCAGACAAAUAGCAACUGAGAAGGAAGAGAUUGAGAGACUGCGAGCAGAGAUUGCAGAUAUACAGAGUCGACAGCAGGGUCGCAGUGAGACGGAGGAAUAUUCAUCAGACAGUGAAAGCGAGAGUGAAGAUGAGGAAGAACUGCAGAUGAUCCUGGAAGAUCUGCAGAAGCAAAACGAGGAACUGGAGAACAAAAACACCCACCUGAACCAGGCCAUUCACGAGGAGCAGGAAGCCAUCUUGGAGCUCCGUGUCCAGCUCCGCCUCCUGCAGAGCCAGAAACUGCAGCAAGAACUCACCGUCCAGCCGUCGGCCGAGCAGCAGGUGCCGCCCGCGCAGCCAAGUCCGGAGGCUCGCGGCGAGGAGCAAAUCAAACGCUCCACCGCCACAGUGGCCGCCGGUGCCGACGCGCCUGCCUCCACCAACGGGAAGGCAGCUAAGGAUCCUUCAAAACCAUCGCCGAGCAAAGACAGGAGAGACAACAACAUGUGACGGUCAGUUGUCCUGUAGUGUCCCGUGUUUGUUUGGAUCAGUGCAGUCAUAAGUCGUUGCAGCCGUGCAGCCGUCAUGUCUUGAUGUCUUUGCUUUCCCAAGUCACCGCAAAUCAACGGAAUAUUUUCCCACACAAAACGCAGAAGAAUGAUAAGAAAUACAAUCGUAGCUGGAGCCGAGCUUAGGUGAAAGGCAAGGGGGAGACCAUUAUUUUAAAAUCCACAGUGCCAAGACCGUAUGAGGAGAGUGGAAUAGAAGAGAGGAGAUUACACAAAAUGUAUUUUUACAGGUUAAAAAAUAAUCACACAACGACACACGAUGUCGGUCCCUGUAGUCCACUGUGCCAUAAAUGACGUCCCGACUGGACUCGGUGUCCCCAGAGAACCACUGACACAAAAAGCUCUUUCUGAAUGAUGAAGAAUUUAUGAUUGGUCUGCCUGUGUAUAUAUAUAUAUAUAUUAUAUAUUUAAGUAGUAUACUGUAGAAAACAGAUGACUCUUCAAAAUUUUAAAUGUUGUCAUAUAUGAACACGUUCAAAUGUUUUCUUUGAACUGCAGUGAUGAGAUGAAUCAUGGGAAAUCAAAGCUGCAGUAGAGACGUUUGUGUGCAGAGACACACGUCACUGGUAGGGACGGGCAUUUCAAACGAAUGCCAACAAAAUGGUAUUAAAUGAUUUGAACAUUCUAAACUUGAGCGUAAGUAUAAGUAACACACAGUGAGGAGCAGUUCAAGGAACAUUAUCAGUCAGUCAGUCAUCAUCUAACCGCUUUAUCCUCCACCAGAGGGUCGC